CACACAAACUGAGGGCACAGUGGAGGAUGUUAGCAGAUUGCUGGCCAACCACAAGCAUUACCUGGUAGGUAACCACCCAUACAAUCAGAUUGUGACACAGACUACGAAUGCCGUGAAUAUAUAUAUGUGUGUGUGUGUGUAUAAUAAAAUGUGUAUUUAUAUGUGUGUGUAUGUGUCUGUACAAAAUCCAAAUCACAGAAUGGACAUGAAGUGACACAUCUGUGUGAAAGUAUUCACCCCCCUCGGUGUCGGCCCUGUUUGGUCUCAUUACAGUCAGAAUUAAAAUGGAUUUUCAUUUGGACUUUAUGUCAUGAACUUAACAAUAAGGUCCAAAUUACUGCACUUUCCUGGCUGGAGGCCAUAAUGGAAGGAGGAUCAGGAUAUUUCAACAUCUCGUACAAAGGGAUAGAUUAAAGGGCAGUGGGGGGUAGCUGGGAUAUCACGAGCAGUUCCACGGGUGUGGACCCAGUACGGACACCCACAGGGAUGAACAUUGAAGGAGCUACAAAGGUACACAGCGCAGAUGGGAUUGUCUGUCCAUAAAGCCACUUUAAGCCAAGUGGGACGUUAUGGAAGUGCGGCCAGAAAACAAAAACAGAAUAAGAAAACACCCAACGGCAUGUGUUGGACUCCACAGACACACAGAAGAAGGUGCUCUAGUCAGAUGAGACUCAAAUGGAACUUUUGUCACUUGCCGUCACCCUGAGAACACCAUUCCCACAGUGACACAUGGUGGUGGCAUCUGGCUGUGGGGACAGGAAAAGUGGUCAGGACUGAAGUAAGAUGGAUGGCACUAAACACGUGGCCCUUGUUGAGGACAACCUGCUUGAGUGUGCCAAGGAUUUGAGAUGGGGACAAAUGUCCACCUUCCAGCAGGACAAUGAGUGACCUUCAACAGACUGCUAACACCGCACUGAAAUGUCUUGGGGUGGCCGAGUCGAAGCCCAGACCUCAGUCUGAGAGAGAAUCUGUGGCAGGACCUGAAGAUGGUCGGACACCAACGCAGCCCACCUGACUUGGCCUGGAGGAAUGGACGACGACCCCAGUAGCGAGAUGCGCUAAGCAAACCGAGACAUUCGACAAGAGACCUGCAGCAGAAGGGGGGCUUUAGAAAGUGGGGGUGAGGACCUGUGCACACUGUGGGAUUCUGUUCUCUUAACGAUUGUUUGAGUCACAAUCAAACACAUUUGACACAUUCCAAGGGGCAGGCAUGUUGUGUCAUCAAAUGGUGUUGACCUCCCAAAAACCCACUGGAAUUCUAGCAGGACAAACACCAAGAAGGCACUGGGUAGCGGACUGUAGGGGGGUGUCUUCCACUGCUUAGGACACAAGUCCGACCCAGCAUAGACCCUCUUAUUGAGUGCAGUCCCUUUACGUACUCUAAAAUAAUGCUGUCUUCUUAGCCCUUAUUCUGAAUUUCUCCUCCAUAUGAUGAGUCAACUUUGUCUGAUCCAAUCCAAUUGAACGUUCCACCUCUUUUCUCGACUCAACCUCACCCAGGUCACCCACCCACCCACUGAAGCAGUUUAGCCAGGUAAGGGAAUUCCCACCAUCACAGUGUUGUGACAACAGAGGAGUGACUUGGGGACAGCUCUGGUAAUGUCCUGGGGUGGUCCAGACUUGAACCUAAUGGAGCAUCUGUGGGGAAAAUGGACGAAAGCUUUAGGGGUCCUACAGAGAGUCCCCAAAUCCAGAUGUGCUGUCUAACCCAAAAAGACAGCUUGCUUUGGGGGGGAGGGUGGCUUCAGUGAAGUGCUGAGAGAAGGGUCUGAACACAUAAAUUACCAGGAACACAAUGAAAACAGAACCAGCGGUGAGUGGUGCAUUUAAUGAAGAAAGGUCUCCUGAGUUUAGGAGCUCAACUGUGGACAACAGCAGAAAAUCAGAGAGGCGUGAGGUGAUGGUUGGAGCAGGCAGAGCAUUCACAAUGGACAGACAGCCUUCCAUCACUUGGACUCCUUCUGUUAAAGAUGACGCAUUAUCUGUCUUGGUGGGCUGCACCUUUCACUUUAACCACACCCAUUCCCCCCUGCCGCCUCACCUUGGCCCCACCCAGUUCCCUCCCCACCUGUGCUUAAGCUCGCCCAUUCCUUACAGUAUAAAACGAGCAGUAGCAGGUGAGGAGGCUUCAUAAGUCCGAGCUCUCUGGAGUUUGUUUUUAAAGGUAACUUUCUACGCCGACUGACUGACCGACCGACUGACUUUCUACACUGAAGGUAAGUGUCAGAGUGGAAGAACUCUUUAACUUGACAGAGAGGCCAGGUCAGAGGGCUUCUCAUUUUAUACAUUUGUUUUUGUUCUUUAAGGGCCUUUCCACGAUGAUUCUGCUUUUGAUUUCACUGAGCCUGUGGCCACCAGCCGUCACAUCUCUCGUUCGAGGGGACUGCCCUUACUUUUGGGAAGCCUUCAAUGGCACCUGUUACACUUACUUUGACCAGCAGCUUCGUUAUGACGAUGCCAAGGAUGUUUGCCGUCGCGCUGGAGGAAACCUCGCUUCGGUGCACAGCGCUGAGGAGAAUCAGUUUAUACUCAGCCUGACUGGUGGCUAUGACGGGGUUUUCCCUUACGCGUGGCUGGGAGGCCUUGUAGAUGGUGAUGAGGGCAAAUGGUGUUGGAUGGAUGGAUCCGAAUUUGACUUCCAAAAUUGGGCCGUUGAUCAACCAAGCCAGUGUUCUGAGACGUACAACAACCUGGUCAUCAACUACCGGGAUAAGCAGACCCCCGGACAGUGGACCUGCCUCUACGAAGACUUUAAACUUCCUUUUGUGUGCAAGAAGAGAAGCAAAGUGUAGAAGGGCCCGAGUGGAGUUGUGCCGGCUGAGGGUCUCACAGACGGCGAUGAUGACGAUGACGAGUGCUGGAUCUCACGACUCACUCCAUCAGUUGAUAUUCUUUUGUGUUUAUUCAUCGCGUUUUUCAAGUCACUCGCACAAUAAAUAAACCUUUGUUUGGA